UGCAAGCAACAUGUUUCAGAAAAAUGGGGACAGGGGCAUUGAUUUGCACCACCUCUUCUUUUAACAACACUCUUUAAAUGUUCAGAAACCGAGGAGACCUGGCGGUUUGAAAGUGAAGUGUUUUCCCAUUCUUGCCUAAUAUAGGCUUUCAGCCGCUUAACAGGGUUCCCUGUAACGCACUUUACAAUAAAAAAGAGCAUAGCUUCACUUCAGUGAUUACAGUUUUUCUCAAAUGCUAAAACACAAAAGCCAAUCCUCUAAACCAAAUGACCAGUUGUCUAAACACAUUUAAUAAAUCUCGCCCUCAUUUGCCAAUAUCAUAAACACAUUUCACAUGAAGACACAAUUCACAAAACACAAUUCUCCGUUCUCAUAAAUCUAAACACAUUUUGCCUUGCUAAAACACAAGUUGCAAAAGAACUCUGCUCAUAUUCUCAAAUGAAAGCUCAUGUGAUCCAAAAUGCUUGCCACAGUCAGCAAUAUUUGACCACAAUGAACACACCUGGCGUCAUUCAUUACACACAACGACUCGAAAUUGAAGACACUUGUUGCUAAUGAUGUGACCACACCUAUAAAAGCAAGUUCAGAGUGCACAGUUUGCUGAAGAUUCCAAACAAACACAAUGGAUGAAGGCAGAGUCAGGGGAAGAGGAAUUCGAGUCAGAGGAGGGAGAGGAGCUGGCCAACGAGGAAGAGGAGUUCGAAUCAGAGGAGGAAGAGGAGCAGGCCAACGAGGAAGAGGAGGAGGCCAACGAGGGAGAGGAGAAGGUCCAGGAGGAAGAGCAAGACAACCUCACACCAUCAUUACGGACGAGAUGCGAGCAACAGUCAUUGACCAUGUCAUUGUCCAUGGCAUGACAAUGGCUGAAGCAGGACUAAGAGUCCAUCCAAACCUGAGUAGGUUCACAGUGGCCACCAUUAUCAGGGCAUUCAGACAACACAACAGAGUUGAAAGAAUGCCACAUAGAGGUCGGAGGGUUGCCAUAUUUACAGCAGCACAACAAACCCUCAUUGUGGAUAUGGUUCGUGAGAACAACCUCAUCACACUCCGGGAGAUCAGAGACAAAGUCAUUGCCGAUAAUGUCAACUUUGAGAACAUUGAUGUCAGCUUGGCCACAAUAGACCGAGUUCUCCGGCGCCAAAAGAUGUGGAUGAAACAGGUCUAUAGGGUUCCCUUUGAGCGCAACUCUGCGCGAAACAAAGACCUACGUUACGAGUAUGUGCAAAGGAUAUUCCAGUUGGAUGCGAUGGCCAGACCUCAUGAGUACCUCUUCCUGGAUGAGGCUGGGUUCAACCUGCAGAAACGAAGGCGAAGAGGCCGUAACAUCAUUGGCCAAAGAGCCAUCACUGAGGUUCCUGGCCAACGGGGGGGUAAUAUUACUCUUUGUGCGGCCAUGGGUUCGAAGGGGCUUGUCCACCGGCAUGCUGUCCUUGGGUCUUACAACACCCAACGUCUCCUCACCUUCCUUGAGGAGCUAAGAGACAUCCUCCUGGACCGCAAACAACACCAUCCUAGGCCUGCACAUCCCAUUUAUGUGAUCAUUUGGGACAAUGUCCGCUUCCACAGAACAAACCAAAUCAGAGAGUGGUUCACCACCAACAGUAACCACUUUCUAAACGUCUGUCUGCCACCCUACGCCCCUUUCCUGAACCCUAUAGAGGAGUUCUUCUCAUCAUGGAGAUGGAAGGCCUGGCAAAGGAGAAUAUAGCCUGUGAUGUGGAUGAGGUGAUGUGGCCCGAUGCAGCUCAGCGUCAUGAUGCCGCACAGUGAUCGUGGUGCGUGUAUGGUGUGAAUAAAGUAAAUAAAAAAAAAACUUCA